CAGUUUUGCUUCUUUCAGAGCCCAGCCUCCGGGGGCACCCGGGCCGCAGGGCCCCCCCCCACCAAGACCCGGCCCUGCAGCUCGGUCCACUGUGGCCACCGGCCGGCAGGGCACAGUCCAGCCGCUGACCCAGGAGCCAGGCCCAUUUCCUGAAUGUCCGUCCGCUCGGCUGGAGCCCAGCCGGAAGCCUCCGCGCCGUUCAGCAUGUUCUCCAAGGCGGCCCCCUCCCUGCUGGAAGCCCUGAGCAGCGACUUCCUGGCCUGCAAGAUCUGCCUGGAGCAGCUGCGGACGCCCAAGACGCUGCCGUGCCUGCACACCUACUGCCAGGACUGCCUGGCGCGGCUGGCCGAGGGCGCCCGGCUGCGCUGCCCCGAGUGCCGCGAGACCGUGCCCGUGCCCCCGGAGGGCGUGGCCGCCUUCAAGACCAACUUCUUCGUCAACGGGCUCCUGGACCUGGUGAAGGCCCGUGCCCGGGACCUGAGCACGGACAAGCCGGCUUGCGCCCUGUGUCCCCUCAUGGGGGGCAGCGGCGCCGGGGGUCCGGCCACCGCCCGCUGCCUGGACUGUGCCGACGACCUGUGCCAGGCCUGUGCCGACGGGCACCGCUGCACCCGGCAGACCCACACCCACCGCGUGGUGGACCUGGUGGGCUACAGGGCCGGCUGGUACGACGAGGAAGCGCGCGAGCGCCAGGCCGCGCAGUGCCCGCAGCACCCCGGGGAAGCGCUGCGCUUCCUGUGCCAGCCCUGCGCGCAGCUGCUGUGCCGGGAGUGCCGCCUGGACCCCCACCUGGACCACCCCUGCCAGCCGCUGGCCGAGGCCGUGCGCGCGCGGAAGCCGGGCCUGGAGGCGCUGCUGGCGGGCGUGGACCAGCACGUGGCCGAACUGGAGGCGGCGCAGCGCGGGGAGCGGGAGGCGCUGGCGGCGCUGCGGGAGCGGGCGCAGCGCGUGGGCGCGCAGGCCGAGGAGGCUGCCGAGGGCUUCCUGCGCGCCCUCCUGGCCCAGAAGAAGGAGGUGCAAGGCCAGCUCCGUGCCCACGUGGACGCCGCGGAGGAGGCCGCCCGGGCGAGGCUCGGGGAGCUGGAGGAACGGGAGGCGGCGGCCAGGGCAGCGGCCGGCUUCGCCCGCCGGGUGCUGAGUCUGGGCCGCGAGGCGGAGAUCCUCUCGCUGGAGGGGGCCAUCGCCCAGAGGCUGCGACAGCUGCAGGGACCCCCCCGGGCGGCGUCCCCCAGCCCCUACCGGCUGCCGGAUCUGCAACUACACCCCAGCCUCCAGGACCCCGCCUGCCAGUUCCUGCUGCUCUCCUUGGAGGAGCCUGAGCCCCCCAGCGCCGGGAGCCUGGCCGGCGCGAAAGGCGAGGGAAACAAGACCGAGAAGCCGAGCGCAGCCAAGCCCCCGAGUCAGGAGAAGACCCCCGAUGCCGGGGCCCAGACCCCGAAAGACGGCAGAGCCCAGACACCCCAAGACGAGUCUGAGAGAGCCCCGACACCCCGCGGCGGCAGGGCCCACAGGAAGGGGAAGUUCAAGGACAGGCUGAAGUCCGUGUCCAGGGAGGUCAGCCCUGCGCCGGGGCCCAGCCUGGAGGGCACCGGCCUGUUCGCCAGACCCGUGUUCUCCUGCAGCUUCCCCACGCGCAUGCCCGGGGACAAGCGUUCCCCCCGCAUCACUGGGCUCUGUCCCUUCGGGCCCCGGGAGAUCCUGGUGGCCGAUGAGCAGAACCGGGCGCUGAAGCGCUUCUCCCUCAACGGCGACUACCGAGGCUCCGUGCCGGUGCCCGAGGGCUGUGCCCCCUGCAGCGUGGCCGCCCUGCAGGGCGCCGUGGCCUUCUCAGCCACUGCCCGGCUCUACCUCAUCAGCCACGACGGUGAGGUGCGGUGGCGCCGGGCGCUGAGCCUCUCCCAGGCCAGCCACGCAGUGACCGCCAUGCCCAGCGGUGACCGGGUGGCCGUCAGCGUGUCUGGCCACGUGGAGAUCUACAACAUGGAAGGCAGCCUGGCCACACGCUUCAUCCCCGGGGGCAAGGCCAGCCGUGGCCAGCGGGCCCUGGUGUUCCUGGCUGCCACCCCACAGGGACACUUCGUGGGGUCCGAUUGGCAGCAGAAUAGUUUAGUGGUCUGCGACGGGCUGGGCCAGGUCAUCGGGGAGUACCGGGGGCCGAGUCUUCAUGGCUGCCAGCCGGGCUCCGUGUCUGUGGAUAAGAAGGGCUACAUCUUCCUGACCCUCCGAGAGCUCAACAAGGUGGUGGUCUUGGACCCCCAGGGCUCACUGCUGGGAGAUUUCCUCACGGCCUACCAUGGCCUGGAGAAGCCGCGGGUGACCACGAUGGUGGACGGCCGCUUCCUGGUUGUGUCCCUCAGCAACGGGACCAUUCACGUCUUUAAGGUUCGAGGCACUGACAGUUAA